AUGCCUCCUCAACGACUUCCGAGGCUAUGGAAAAUCUUGGUGUCAAAGAUUCAAACGUCUCUUUCCGCACUUGUCACCACAUUAGUUCCUGCCUUGAUAAUCGCAGUCUUUUGGUUCGGUCUGUUCCUGAUCUGUCGACGAACUCAACUUCGGUGGUACGCGCCUAGGACACAUUUACCUAAUUGGCAUAAGCAUGAACGGAGUCCUCAGCUACCCUCAGGUUUCCUUAAUUGGUUUGGGCACUUUCUCAAGAUAUCCGAUGCGCACGUCCUUCAUUCCUCUUCCAUGGACGGUUAUCUUUUCCUUCGAUUCCUGAGAGUGCUGUGUGCUACAUGCUUCACGGGGUGCUUGAUUACUUGGCCCAUCUUGCUUCCUAUUAAUGCAACUGGUGGUGCAGGUAAUACUCAGCUGGAUGCAUUGAGUUUCAGCAACGUGAAAAACCCGAAGCGCUAUUAUGCUCAUACCGUGAUGGCGAUUGUCUUUUUCACGUUCGUAUUCUACGUGGUAACGCGGGAGAGCAUAUUUUAUGCCAAUCUCCGUCAAGCAUAUCUCAACUCCUCCGCAUAUGUAAAUCGGAUUUCCUCGCGGACAGUAUUAUUCAUGUCAGUCCCUGAUGAAUAUAAGAAUGAGAAAAAGCUGCGCCAAGUGUUUGGUGACUCUAUUCACCGGAUAUGGAUCACUACCGACUGUAAAGAGUUGGAUAAGUUGGUCCGCAGAAGGGAUAAGUUGGCCUUCUGGUUGGAGAGCGCAGAGACAAGAUUGAUUCGAUCUGCCAAUUCAUCGCACCUGAAGGGUCGCAUUCCAUCAGAUACCUCUCUUGACAGCGAAGCAGGCACUUCGCCGAUGUUUCAUGGUAUCCGGCGACCAACUCAUCGUCUUACAUGGUUUGGAGAAAAAGUCGAUACGAUUAAGUGGCUGCGGGAGCAGCUUGUGGAAAUUUCGCAGGAGGUUAAUCAUCUACAACAAAAGUAUAAAGAUGGGGAGAUGAAAACUCUUUCUGCAAUCUUCAUUGAAUUCGACACCCAGUCCGCCGCCCAGAUUGCCUUGCAGACUUUGUCUCAUCACCAACCACUCCAUAUGACUCCCCGCUUCAUCGGUAUUUCCCCCACGGAGGUUGUCUGGUCUGCAUUGAAUCUCAGUUGGUGGCAACGCAUUGUGCGAAAGUUCGCGGUUAAGGGUGGUAUUGCUGCGCUUGUCAUUUUCUGGUCGAUCCCAUCUGCCCUUGUGGGUACUAUUUCAAAUAUCACAUACCUUACCGACAUGGUUCCAUUUCUGCAUUGGAUCGACUUGCUUCCAGAGACGAUAAAGGGUGUAAUUGCUGGACUGUUACCAUCGGCGGCACUUGUUAUGCUGAUGUCCUUGGUGCCAAUCAUCUGCCGAAUUUGUGCCCGACGUUCCGGUGUGCCAUCCUCUUCUCGCGUGGAACUAUUCACGCAGAGCGCCCAUUUUUGUUUUCAGGUCGUCCAGGUCUUCCUGGUCACGACGUUGACUUCAGCAGCGUCUGCUGCAGUCACACAAAUCAUCAAAGACCCCUUGUUCGCCAAGGAUCUUCUUUCCGAGAACCUCCCCAAGGCAACCAAUUUCUAUAUUUCUUACUUCCUGCUCCAAGGAUUGACCAUGAGCUCCAUGGCUGUAGUCCAGGUGGCUGGUGCCUUAUUCUUCAAAUUCAUCACUACCUUUUUCGAUCGCUCUCCCCGACGUCUGUAUGAAAGAUGGUCCGCUCUCAGCGGUAUCAGCUGGGGUAACAUCUUUCCCGUGUUCACAAACAUGGGCGUUAUCGCCCUGACAUACUCCUGUAUCGCACCGCUCAUUCUCGGCUUCGCCUUUGUCGGCCUCUACCUCGUUUACCAAGCCUACCGCUACAACUUCCUCUUCGUCUACGACCCCCGCAUCGACACCAAGGGUCUCGUCUACCCCCGAGCCCUCCAACACCUCCUAACAGGCAUCUACCUCGCAGACAUCUGCAUGAUCGGCCUCUUCGCCAUCAAAGGCGCAGUCGGCCCCCUAGUCAUAAUGGUCCUCUUCGGCAUCCUCUUCGUCCUAGCCCACAUGUCCCUCAACGAAGCUCUUGCUCCCUUCAACAACUUCCUCCCCCGCACCCUCGACGCCGAAGAAGAAGCCCAGCAAUGCAAAGAAGAAGAAGAAGUACACUUCCUCAGCCCGCGCAGCAAAUGGGAAGCCGCCUGGAAAUGGUUCCACCCGAACCUCUACCGCGACUACGCGGCUCUCCGUCGGAAGGUCCGCCGCAACGACGUCGAGAUCAAAUACUCUGAAGAAGAACGCUAUAACGCUUACUACGAGCCAUGUAUUAAGUCGCCUACGCCCACGAUCUGGAUCCCGAGGGAUAAGUGGGGAUUUAGUCAGCAGGAGGUGUUGGCGACGGAUCCGAUUAUUCCGAUUACGGAUGAGGGUGCGCAUUUGGAUGAGAAGAAUAAGAUCGUUUGGGAUAAAUAUGAUCCUAACUUGCCGUUGUCGGUGUUGAAGACUUUGUAUUAA